AUGUUCACUAAAAUUACACCUCCCACCACGUACGGCCACAGUCAGCUGAAAACUGGGCAUCCCGUCCGCUCUGCCAUACAUAAGCAGUUGAACGGCAGAUUAGUACUACGGUGGGUGACCACGUGGGAAUCCCUGCUGCUGUACGUUUUGCUCUCAGAACAUAACCUCAUCCUUUUGCUUCGCCUCUGCCUAAACGACAUCCUCCAUACGCAGCAUCUUGACUAUGUAUUUAGCCGCAGAUCCAGCCGCUCUUCCCACGCUACAUCUUCCCCGCACACACAUUCAACUCGUCUUGCCACCACUUGCUCCGUGCCCUAUCCCUCAGGCCAUCUCAGCAUUAUGCAGCAGUCAAUGGCCCUGCCUGUCUGCCUGCGGGGUUGUGGCUGGCUCGCGGCUGAAAGGCAGACCGGCAAGAUCAAUUGCUAUAAGUAG